GAACAUGGUACCAAAACCAAACACUGCAAAAGGCAGACCACAAUUUCACCUAACCCUGUAUUUGGUCUUCGGAGGCACUCAAUUAGUUGUAUCAUACGCUGAAGCUGCACAAGGCAAAAGAGACUACUCACUAUUAGCACCAAGUAGAGUUCACCAUCUGAAGACUCACCACCAAACCAAAUUGAUGCAUGCUACAAUAUUUUCGUGAUUUAUGACCUUCCAUUUAACCAGACGAGGUACAUGCAUCAUACUGAAUAAUCAUGUUGGUACAACUGAUUUUGUUAUUUAAAACAGAAGCCACGGCAAAUAAUUGAUGAUCAGUUUAGAAAGGACUGCAGACAAUGGUGGCACCACCAUGUUGAAAAAGAUGCCUUCCUCUCACCCUCUGAAAUAGUUAUUCUAAAAGACUUGAUGAUGGUAGGGCUUCAGCUUCACCUCCAUAUACAUACCAAACACUCUGACACUGUUUCUCUUGGUAUGAUUGGCCCAAGGGUCAGUGUUCAGGUAUCAGGUUACUUGAUUAGCAAUAAUGAACCUCUACCAAUUGACCUAGAGAGGCAGAGAGCGCACAAUAAAAGAGGGAGCUACGCAGUGCACCACAGUUUUUUGAAGAAGAAUGAAGCCAGAAGCCAACCCCAAGAUGAUGGUUUUCAGUUCUCCCGUUGGACUGAGGAGCAUCAUCAACUCCCUAGUUGCCUUCUCCAUCAUUGUUGGCUCCGUCACCUUAUUGUUCUACCAAGGCCAGGAAGGGCAGGUGCCAAUGGUGGUCGAGCAUGAACACCAAAAAACGCAGGUGCAGCUGGAGGCUGAGCACCAUGAACAACUGAGAGCGAAGGAAGCACCUGUGCCGUUGACAGCUGAGCUCCCAGAUGCCACUAAGGAGGAGUGCAAUUGGUCAACAGGACGGUGGGCCUACGACAACGUGUCCCGCCCAUUGUACUCUGGACUCAAGUGCGCCUUCAUCUUCCCUGAGUUGUCUUGCGACAAAUAUGGCAGGAAGGAUGUCAUGUACCAGCACUGGAGAUGGCAACCUUAUGGAUGCAACCUUCCUAGAUUCAAUGCCACCAGGCUGCUUGAAAAGCUGAGAAACAAGAGAUUGGUGUUUGUGGGCGACUCACUCAACAGGAACCAAUGGGUUUCCCUGGUGUGCAUGGUGGAGGCUUCUAUACCUGACAACAGGCUCAAGAUGCGUGUUUGCAAUGGCUCACUCAUCUCCUUCAAGGCAUUUGAAUACAAUGCGACAAUCGACUUCUACUGGUCGCCGCUGCUGGUGGAGUCCAACAGUGAUGACCCCAUUAUCCACCGUGUGGAGUACAGGAUUAUAAGGGCAGACAGAAUCGAGAAGCAUGCCAAUGCCUGGAGGGAUGCUGACAUCAUUAUCUUCAAUUCUUACGUGUGGUGGAGGAAGCAUAAGGAUGACAUGAGGAUGAAGGUCAUGUAUGGUUCAUUUGAGAAUGGUGAUGCAAGGUUAGAGGAAGUAGAAAUGCUGGAUGGUUUCGAGAUAGCUCUCAAGAAAUUAACCGAGUGGCUGGGCGAGAACAUCGAUAAGAACAAGACUAGAAUCUUUUUCGCAGGAUCAUCACCUACACAUUCCUGGGCUAGCUGCUGGGGUGGAGUGGACAGGAACAAAUGCCUUAAUGAGACAGAACCGAUCUACAAAGUUGGAUAUAAAGCGGCAGGGACAGAUUACAGUAUGAUGGAUAAGGCUAAGUCGUAUUUUGGGACGUUGGAGAAGAAGGGCAUACGCUUCGAUAUACUGAAUAUCACCGAGUUGUCUGACUACCGCAAGGACGGACACCCGACGGUGUUCAGGAAACAAUUCGCCCCUCUGACAAAAGAACAGAUGGCGAACCCAGCCAGCUACGCGGAUUGCACGCACUGGUGCCUCCCGGGUGUUCCUGAUGUCUGGAACGAGUUCUUGUACGGCUACCUCAUGUACAAAUGACCGACUACGUCAGUCAGAGUAUAUAUAUGUACUACUACAUAUGAUGUACAAAUGGCAUACUCCAUCUAGGUUAAGGUAGAUUGCUUUGUUGCAGAGAAAGGCCCGCAAUUCAUACAGUUAGUUGUUUGCUUACGACAGACAGAGCACCAUAUAAUUGUGGAGAUUCCACACGAAUUCUGCCAUUACAAAGAAACAAGUUACGGAUUAA